GAAAAAAUCCAAAGGAAAUAAAGAAAUAGUUGAGUUACUUUUUGUUUUCAAACUAUGAGAAUAAUGGCCGGAAUUUGUUUCCAAAACCAAAAACUAGAAAACAAAUUUUAGAUGGAGGAUUUCUUAUUCCCACGAGAAUCUACCCAACUGGCAUACGCCUCUUUCCCCCCGACGCACGGCGGCGAUUGGCUGCCGAUACGCGUUCCUUCUUUCCUCGGACGAAAGUCCGCGAUUGGCUGCCGGCACGCGUUGAUCUGUCGACCCGUUGUUGGUAAGCUGUCUCCUCUCUCCCUUCCUCCUCUGGCCUUGCAUCGGCAAAGUCCCUGUGCCCUACGCCAGGGAGAUGUGUUCCCUUGUGUUCCCUUAUUCCCACGAGAAUCUACCCAACUGGCAUGCGCCUCCUUCCCCCCGACGCACGGCGACGAUUGGCUGCCGAUACGCGUUCCUUCUUUCCUCGGACGAAAGUCCGCGAUUGGCUGCCGGCACGCGUUGAUCUGUCGACCCGUUGUUGGUAAGCUGUCUCCUCUCUCCCUUCCUCCUCUGGCCUUGCAUCGGCAAAGUCCCUGUGCCCUACGCCAGGGAGAUGUGUUCCCUUGUGUUCCCUUAUUCCCACGAGAAUCUACCCAACUGGCAUGCGCCUCCUUCCCCCCGACGCACGGCGACGAUUGGCUGCCGAUACGCGUUCCUUCUUUCCUCGGACGAAAGUCCGCGAUUGGCUGCCGGCACGCGUUGAUCUGUCGACCCGUUGUUGUUUGUUUCCUUUCAGUUUCUAGAGACAGAAGGUUUGAAUAAUGGAGAAGGAUUCAAGCUUUCCAGGAGGAUACGAGACGAAUCUACUAGAGCAAUUCGAAGUUAUUUUGGAAGAAGAUAAGCUUAUUGACGAAAUAGGCUUUUUGCACCCAUCCCAGUUUGCAUCUCUUGAUGAGGAUUCAAGCAGUUCCUCUCCCACACUCGCAACUUCAGUUCGGUUAGCUGAUGGUAACAUUGAGACGAGUAUUACAGAGUCAAAUACAGUCCAAUAUGACAAGACAACCUUUUGGAAUAGAGAUCAUAAGUUGGCAAUCUCCACACAUGUGCUCUGUCAUUUAUGUGUUGCUGCUCGGCAUGCGUAUAUGGAUGUAUCCAGAAGAUAUAAAGCCUCUAUCAACUUAUCUCUGAACAGCGGUGCUUUCUGUAGUGUAACUUCUGGAGCAAACUUAGAUCAUCUUCUGGAAAAUGAGAUACUAAAACACACUAAGGCCUUAUUGAUUUUAAGUUUCAACUUUGCCAGUGCUUGGAAUUGCAGGAGAUUAGUGCUUUCUAGGAAACUUGAGAUUUCACUGUUUUUGGAGGAGCUCCGAUUCUCCACACUUAUUCUUGCAUAUGCGCCAAAAUGUGAUUAUGCCUGGAGUCAAAGGAGAUGGGUUAUUAAGAUACUGGGAGAGAAGUGUCAGAACUUACAAGAUAUUAUUAGGGAGGAAUCUGAUCUUGUGGAGAAAAUAGCAGAGAAAUCAAAGAUGAAUUAUCGUGCAUGGACCCACCGUUGUUGGCUUAUAUCUUACAUGAAAAGAGUUCAGGUGCUUGGUGAGUUGGACAAAUCAAAAAAAUGGGCAGAGCUGCAUGUUGCUGAUAAUUGCUGUUUCAACUAUCGUAGACAAUUGAUGCUUAACUUGCUAGAGGGCAAUCAUUUGAAACAUGGUGAAGCUUCCACCGAUUGCAAGUUUGAUGUUUGUUUUAUUUGGAAGGAAGAGCUCGAAUGGAAUGAGUUGCUCUUAACUCGCUAUAUUGGAAGAGAGGCCUUAUGGAUCCAUCGCCGGUUCCUCUCUCAAUGUUGGAUAAAACACUUCACGACCAACGAAGGAGCAGUCAUCCUGGAUCCUGAUGACAAUCUUAUUAGCUCCAAAAUCGAAAAAUUUCUUGCUAAAGAGCUGCAGCUUGUAAAAUCCUGCCUGAACAUCUCACCUGAUGAAUUUGAUGAUACACAAGAUCAAGCACGAUAUGGCGCUUCAUAUUUACUGUGGAUUUUGAAGUUCUUCCUGCCUCAACAAUCCAAGCAUGAAGAGAUCAUCAAGGGAGUCAAAGAUCUGAAACCCAUUCUGCUGAAGACUUGCUCAGGAAAAAAUACAUGUUGGGAAAGUCUACUAAAUUGACUGCCUACCACAGGAAAACUGUUUAAGGUGUUAUCUUCAGCUAUUAAUCUCUAAUUUUAUGAUACUGCUCCCUUAAAAAAGUCAAUCAUAUCUGUAAACUGAUGUGUCAUUGUUAGUUUGGUUGACUGUUUUCUCUAAGUCAACUCUAAUUGUAUCAUAAAUAUUGUAGUAAGAACAGUAUUACUAUUUUCCCAUGGAAAAUCUUAUGAAUUAUUAAUGUCAAAACAUGAAGAUUAUUAUUC